CUGAUGCAGAGGCAUCUUCCUGCUCUUGUCUCUCUGCUGUCCCAGAUCCAAUGGAGAAGACAGGCAGGCAGCACCUGCUGGAAACCCUGAAGGAGCUGGGGGGCCGGGAGCUGAAGGAGUUAAAGGCCAAGAUCAGUCAGGUCUGGCUGAAGAGGGGGCUGGAGGGCUGGGGGCUGCUGAGCGGAGCAAAGCCCUUCCACCCCUCUCUGUGGCUGACGGUGGAUGCUGGGCUGGAGGUGACGGUGGAGGGGCUGAGAGCUGUGAACCGGGGCGAUCUGGCAGAGGAAUUGGCUGCAUUACUGGACACUUACGAGGACCAGCACCGGGAGCAACGAUCAGCCGCCUCCAGAGCCAGAGGCCGCCUGCUCUGCACCUUGAAUGAGCUGGGGGAGGACGAGCUUGGGAGGUUCAAGGUCAAGCUGGCCGACAUGGGGCAGAAAGGGGGUUACAACCCCAUCCCCUGGGGCCGGCUGCAGAGAGCAAAGCCUGCAGAGGUCGCUGCGGAACUGAUCAACCACUAUGGGGUGCUCUGUGGCUUGGAGACGGCUGGGGAAGUGCUCAGGGCCAUCAGACGGGGGGAGCUGGCAGGGGGACUGGCCGAGGCUCUGGAGACUUACGAGGAGCGAUGCAGGGAGCAGAGUCUGGCCCUCUGCAGAGUGAGAGAGAUGCAGGCGCGAACUGUGGGCAGCUUGUGCGAGGAAGAUCUCAGGAAGAUCCAGGAGAGAGCAGCCGAGACCCAUCCACAGAGAGGCCCUACGGUUAACCCCUGGGGAGGGCAGGAGAGAGCAGAGGUCAUGGAGCUGAUUGAGGAGCUGGUCAGCACCUACGGAGAAGGCCAUGCUGUGUGGAUGACCCAGGAGAUGCUGAGAGCCGUGAGCCAGGGACCCCUGGCCGAGCGACUGGCUGAGGCCACCGGGAUCGCAGGAGAUGGACCCAGCGGGGAGGACCUCACCCCGGACCCCUCGGGGAAGCAGGAGAAAUGCACGUGGUGUGUGACAGAGGAGGACCUGCCAGAAGUGACGCCAGAGCUUGUGCUAGAGUCCGAGGUGAAGCCCAGAUCCUACAGGGUUCACCUCCCGGGGCCAGGCUCCUUCCGCUGCUCUGAAACCGAACUGGGGUUCGAGGUGAGGGCAGCCGUGACCGUCCAGUACGGAUACGGCUCCUGGGAUUGGCAUCUGAGCGCAGCUGAGAAGCAGCAGUGGAUGGUGGCCGGCCCUUUGUUCAACAUCCGGGUGAAACCGGCCGUGGCCGUGGCAGCCGUUCACCUCCCGCACUUCCUGUGCCUGGCUGGUACGGCGAACAAGAGCAGCAGUGAUGCUGUUCUGUCCCAGAUGCGAAUCGCUCACUUCGUUGACGGGAGGAUGACUCUGGAGGAGCCAACGCAGGUGAGGCCAUUCCACGCCGUCCUGGAGAACCCCAGUUUCUCCUUCAUCGGGGUGCUCUGGAAACCCAUCUAUGCCGUGUUUCCGUUCAUACCCAUCCACUCCGUGGUGCUGAUCUACCAGGUAGUCAAGGCUGCAGCCAUCACCCUCCACCUCUACCUGAUCCCCAACGACCGCUCGCUCAUACAGGCAGUGGAAGAAGAGGAGAAAAAGCACCAGUCCAUACAGGUGCUCAAGCCCCCUCAGACGAAGCCCCUCUACUUCGGCUCUUGUUACACUGUGUGCAGUUCACUGGACUUAGAGGUAACCCCGGAGGAAGUGGACUUUCGCUACAUGAGUCCAGAGGACCAGCAGCCGUUCAUGGAAAUCUACACCAAGGACAUGAGAGAGGGACUCAAACUCAUCGUACUGAUGAAACGCUACGGGGAAGUUGUCUGGAAGGUCUUGGUGAGACCAGAGGACGUGAUGCUUUCGGGUUCAUCCUCUGAAAAGUUCAAGGGGCUUCGGAAACUGCUCCCUGAACUGAAACAAGGGUUUAUUGGACUAUGCAGCCAGAGAGAGCUCAGAGUGUCACCCCCAGCUGCCUGGAGCUCACCGGCACAGCCUGUGGACGAGGAAGCAGAGGGAGAGCCAGGCAGCGGUGCUACACUCAGGACAGUGGCUAAUGAGCACUGUGACUGGCCAGCAAAGGUGUCGAGUGGGGGCUCCUGGGAAGUGAUCCAGCGGCUGAGAAGCGAGUUAACGACAAUCCUCCAGAGCGAUGCAGAGGCUGUGGUCAGCGCUGCCGACGCCCACCUCCUCCUCACGCAGGGAGAGUACCUCGCCCUGAACCGGCUGGAGGAUCCGGAGAUCAGAGUCGCCACACUGAUUGAUAUGGUGCUGUCCAAGGGGGACCAGGCCCAUCAGCUGUUCCUGGACUGUCUGAGAAACCUGUUCUUCACCUUCCCUGCCCUGGAGCCUAUCGUCACGGGGUUACAAACCGGCUUCCAUGCAGAUGUGGCUAUCCCCAGGCCCGGAGCACAGACAGGAGGCCCAGCCAGUGCUGAAGGGGAACAUUUUGUGGACCGGCACCGAGCAGAGCUAAUUCAACGGGUCUCUAUGGUGGAUGGGGUCCUGGACAUGCUGUGUGGCACUGUGCUGGAUAACGAGCAGUACCAGAGCAUCCGAGCCGAGAGAAGCAACCCGGAGAAGAUGCGGAAGCUGUACGAGCUCAUGCCGAGCUGGAACCGGGUCUGCAAGGACCGGCUGUACCAUUCACUGAAGGCCAAGCACAAGUUCCUCAUUGAAGAGCUUGAGGGGAAAUGAACGCAAUAAACUUUCCCUCCUCCUGGAGCAGCUGUGCCUAGAGUCCGUUCCAUGGCUCUCAGGAGUCCAGUUCUGGUUCUUCUCCCUCUUCACCCAGGAUCCAUUGUGGUGAGGCUCCGGAAUCAGGUCCUUCAACCUGCCAAUCAGUGCUUGUCUGGUCUUUAUCCACCCCACUAUGCACAUCCUCUGUCAUCGUCAUAGCUGGGUCUCCAACAAGGGGGCUCCAUCCGUGCCUCUCCCGCCAGCCUCUCCUCAGGCUGAACUUGGGUGGAGAGUCCAUCAAAGGUCCCAGUUCCCUGCUCACCUUCCUCGGCAACGGCACCAGCAGCACCAUCUCUGUUCUCUGCUAUAUAAUGGCACAUGCCUCAAACCCAAACACGGUGCGUACUCUGGGAGUUCCCUGAGCCUCCCACCUCCUCCCCUCCUCCGACGCCCUCGGGACAUUCUGUGUGGGAGGGUUUAUCGAUCCAGGAAGCCGAUUAAAUAGAACUCGACGUAGUUCACUUGGAAAGUGAGGCACUCACCCUCACCUUCAUGGAAGCUGGACAAAACAGGGACUUGGGGUGUUUUUUUUUUUUAAAGAAUAGUUGAUGUAUUUUUGUUAGAGAGAAAAAAGUCAUGAAUUGGGGGUGGCCACCACAGACAUGUGACUUGGACUAAGGUGGGCUGCAGAGCACGGGAUCAGCAGAUGGGAGGGGAAAUGGAACACAACGACUGGCCUUUUCCCAGCUUUCUGGGGUGGCAACGGGCCCUGGGACCUGCUCCGUUGGGAAAUGGAAGUGGUUCUGCAAUACGCCCCGACGAUCAUCUCUGGGCCAGCCCCUCCUGCUCUCAGUGUAGCCAGAUCAGAGGGCAGGGGCAGCUCUGGGCAUGGAGAACUAGCUGCAUGAGGACAGGGGCUGCUUUCCCCUCCUUAAGACCUGUUGCCAUCCCAUCUCAGAGCCAGGGAGAGGAACCAGCGGUAUGUCUACACAGCGGCUGGGAGCAUGCCUCCCAGCCCAUGUCAGCCGUUUCGGCUCCUGAAUCAGUUAGUCAGCACAACGCUGAGCGUAGCAUUGUCAGUUGGCUGCGUGCGUGUGUUCUCACUGUGUGCUUUUCUGGCUCGGGCCAGAUAGCCGGCACAGCAGACCUCAGUCAAACUGCCCCAAAAGAGCACAGACUCGGGUCAGUGGCGAAGGCGCUCGGCCAGGUUUAUUGCCAAUAAGGCAUGGAACUAGCACCUGGCAGACUCUACAGGGCCAGUAAUACAUGGAUGCCUGUGACAACAGACUCAGCUCAGGCAGUGGUGGGACUUUCCACUGUCCCUUCAGCUGGACAAAGACACUCCUCCUGUGACCUCUCUUUUAUACAGAUACAAACAAGUUACCUAGUACCUUUCUGACGUGGUUAAUGACCAUCUUACACCUUGUACAUGUUGGUUCAGUCAAAACAUCCCCAUCUGUUAUCCUG